UAUGCAGAGGCUGGAGGCCUUCGUUGCUAGCGCUGACUGCGCUCCUUCCAAGCCUCUCAAGCAUAAACCUGGUGUGAUGUGUCUCAGAAGCUCUUGUGCCGCGUCAUGGAAGAUGGUGCAAUAGACAUUAGAAGCGCACUCCUGUCUUAUGUAUUUUCAGUCGCGACUGCUGUGGCUUGCGGAGUGUCAUUUCCAUUUAGGAGACGUGUUCCGAUCCUCCGUCCGCUGCCAGCCGAAUUUGAGUAUAUACAAGCUUGCCGUCAGCACAACUCUGUGCAAACGAACAAACAUCAGCUCUCAUACCUGGACCGCGAAAGACGUUAUAAUGCACGAGUAAUGCCGAAGACAUGGGAGCUCUGCAGCGACCGCAUUCUCCACCGCAUUUCCACGGAUUCCUAGAGUACCGGUAGGCCACGCGUAGAUGCGGUGAACCGAUGACAAGAGCUAGGCAACAACUGCACGUAUCGGGCAGGUAA